AUGUCUGUCGGAUACAAGAACAUUGCCAUCGUCGGUGCCAGCGGCAGCAUCGGCAAAAUCAUUCUCAACGGCCUGAUCGAGUCCUCCCAGUUCUCUAUCACAGCUAUCACUCGCAAGGAAAGCGAGGCUACCUUCCCUGCCGGCGUCACCGUUUGUAAGACCGACUUCUCGGAAUCCGACCUGGCAGAAGCCUUCAAAGGCAAGGAUGCUGUCAUUUCCACAGUCGGUGCUGCUGGAUUCAGCGAACAGAAGAAGCUUGUCGACGUAGCUCUUAGCGCCGGAGUCAAACGGUUCAUCCCGUCCGAGUUCUCUGCCAGCAGCCAAAACGAGAUUGUGCUGAAGCUGUUGCCUCUGUUUGGUCAGAAGACAGAGCUUCUUAACUACUUGAAGACCAAGGAAUCUGAGGGACUCAGCUGGACUGGUAUCGUUCCGUCGCUUCUGUUUGACUGGGGUCUCGAGAAUGGCUUCCUGGGAUUUGAUAUCCCCAACCGCAAGGCCACGAUCUGGGAUGACGGAAACAAGAAAUUCACCCUUACCAAUGAGAAGCAGCUCGCACAGGCUGCGGUCUCUACCCUUCAACGUCCCGAGGCAACUAAGAACCAGUACCUCUUUAUUGCGUCAGCCGAGACCAGUCACGGGGAGAUCCUCGCCACUUUGGAGGAAUCCACGGCUGCCAAGUGGGAGGUCACGGAGACUACUACAGACCAAGAGGUGAAUCAUGGAAUGCAAAAGCUUGGAGCUGGCGAUUUCAGCGGCGCGUUCAACUUAGUCCGAGCUACCUCCUUCGGCAACACCCCUGGUUUGAAUGCAAACUAUAUCAAGGAUGAGAAGCUUGGGAACGGUUUGUUGGGAUUGGAGUUGGAAAGCGUCAAGGGGACAGUGAAUCGUGUUGUGAAGAAAUAA